GAUAGAUAACGGCCCAAGGGCUAUGAAUCAGGAAAGCCCGCUUUUCAAGCAUAUAUGGGUUGUCUAAAGCAACAGCAAAGGCGCGGGAGAUGUCGGUGUCAUGAGAAGUGGUGUGGGAGGAUGCAGAGGCAUGUCCCAUCAAAUUACAACACAGUGUUUGAAUGACAAUGUUAAAUUUUGACUGUCCUGACAAAUUACUUUCCUUGUAUGUCAACUGUAGCUCCCCUCCCAAGUCCCAACCCGUCUCAUCCAUUUGCAUCCCAUCACACUUAUAGUUCCUAAUAUGGCAAACAAAGCGCACAGCGUAGGGUUUCCAUAACUUUCCAUGCAGCCUUAUCACUGACAUAAGGCUGCAUGUGCAUGCCAAACCCAUAAUUGUACAUCAUAUUCAUAUUCAUAUAGCUGUACUUGUACUUUGGAAACGGAUAGAUGUUGUGAUUUAUAAAGCAUCUCGUUCUUUCACAAUUUUAUGUACCAAACUUUGAGUGUGAAGAUUUUGUUCCUCUUCUCUCAAUGGCUUUUCUGUCUCUUGUUCUUGUGGGUUUUCUUGUGUUUUUGGCAGCUAAUGGAGUGAUGUGUUCUGAUACUGCUGGAGCUGGUGAUGGAGUGGAUAUGGAAGAAGAGGAACUAUUUGGGCUUUUUGAGGUGAUGGGCUCUCUUUUGGAAGAUCCGACAUGGGCCCAGAUGCAUCCCCAACCAUGUACUGAAACUCCAUGGCCGGGUGUGGAGUGUGAGCUUCUGGAAGAAACUUUCAUCUUUCAUGUCACCAAGAUUCAUGUUGGCCCAGAUAUUAUUACCCCACCUUGCAAAACCUCUGCUAAAAUCUCAGAAUCUCUCCUCAAAUUGCCUUACCUCAAAACUCUUUCUUUGAUAAAUUGUUUCACCGAAUCACCAGUUUCCUUGAGAGCAUUUGGCUCUUGAGUCCAAUCCCAGCCUCUCUGGGGAAAUUCCUUCCAGUAUAUCAAAUCUUGCAAAUCUGAAGAUAUUGUGCCUGUCACAGAACAAUCUGAGUGGUGAAAUCCCAAAAGAAAUUGGAGGGCUUGCUAACUUGCAGCAUCUCGAUCUCAGUCACAACAAUUUGACAGGUUCAAUUCCUGAAGAGAUCGGGAAACUGGAAAAGUUGGCCAUUCUGGAUAUAAGCUGGAACUCUUUGCAAGAAGUGGUGCCAACAUCAACAGGCGGGCUGCAGUUUCUCGAAAAGAUUGAUUUAAGCUCCAACAAACUUCAAGGAAGACUUCCACAGGAGUUAGGGAAAUUAAAGAGGUUAGUUUUGUUGGAUUUGAGCCAUAACUCUCUGACGGGGCCCAUCCCUGAAAACCUGUCAGGUUUGCAGCAAUUACAGUACCUAAUAAUGGAUGCCAACCCAUUAAAUGCAAGUUUCCCUUCAUUUAUUGGGUCCCUAAUCAAACUCAGAGUGUUGAGCUUUUCGGGUUGUGGAUUAACAGGCCCAAUUUCAGCCACAUUUUCAAACUUGACAAACUUAACUGCAUUGUUCUUGGAUAACAACAGCCUCAAUGGUACAGUUCCUCCAGAAUUAGGGACGCUACCAAGUAUGAAUGCGCUAAAUUUCAGCAGAAAUCAGCUAAGUGGAGAGCUGUUAUUUCCGCAAGCUUUCAUACACAGGCUUGGUAAGAGGCUUGACAUCCGAGAAAACAAUGGUUUGUGCACUAAUCAAGAGGCACAGGACAAGAACACAAGUACUUCUUCAUCAUCAAGAUUCUUGGAGAACCCUUUUUGCUCGAGCGCAAUGUUUCCUGCAGCAAGCAACAAAACUGUGGCAGAGAAAAGCCCGGACAUGAAGCCAAAACUGUACAAUGGUAACAGAAGUUCAAAUGCCCGUCAUCGUCAUGAUGAGGAUAAAGAAUUUGUCCUCCUUCCUCCUGUCCUAAUGUUGCUGCUUUUGUUGUUUGGUUCGUAAACGGAAGUGGAAGUGGAUGAGCACAUGGGUAGAAGAGCUAUGAUGGUUUUUUUUUUCCCCGUUAUUCAUCUUGUUUUCGUUCGUCGUCUCUGAUUCUUUGCCUCCGUAAUGCAUGGAUUUUAAGAGUGUUGGUUGAGUCCCAUCAGAGAUUGUUACUUUCUUUAGCAGCUUUUUUUUUUUAUCUGAAUAGAGAAAUCAAGCAGAAAUUGUCGUAUACAGUAGCAUUAACUGUAGAUAGAGACCUCAGCUUUUGACAAGUAAAAAAGAUGCGAUUUCUGCCUCCCAA